AUGGCUAAGGUUCUUGGUAUUGGAAAUGCUCUUCUUGACCUUUUAAUGACUGUUCCAGAUGAUGUACUUAAUGAAUUAGAAUUAGCUAAAGGAUCAAUGGAAAUGAUUACUGAAGAAAAAAAUAAAAGAAUUUUAGAAGUUACUAAACAAUAUCCAAAAAUGGUAGUAUCUGGUGGUUCUGCUUCUAAUUGUAUUCAUGCUAUUGCUCAUCUUGGUGGAGAUUGUACAUUCCAAGGAAAAAUUGGUAAAGAUGCUAAUGGUGAAGCUUUUUCAGAAGAUUGUAAAAAAUCAGGAAUUACACCAAAAUUAACAGUAACUGAUUUAGCUACUGGUUGUGCUAAUACAUUUGUUACUGCUGAUGGAGAAAGAACAUUUGGUACAUUCCUUGGAGCAGCAUGUACUCUUGGAGUAGAUGAUAUUAAAAGUGAUAUUAUGAAAGGAAUGAAAUUACUUCAUACAGAAGGAUAUUUAAUAUUUAAUACUGAUAUGUUUAGAAAAAUGAUGCAAACUGCUAAAGCAGAAGGUGUUACUAUUUCUCUUGAUGCUGGUUCUUUUAAUAUUAUUAACGAUUUUAAAUCUUUCUUUGAUGAACUUCUUAAAGAUUAUGUAGAUAUUAUUUUCUGUAAUGAAGAAGAGUCAGAAGCAUUAACUGGUCUUUCUGAUCCUUAUCAAGCCAUUGAUGCUUUAGCUAAACUUGUAAAAGUUCCAGUUGUUAAACUUGGUAAAAAUGGUUCACUUGUUAAAGUUGAUGGAAAAACUGUUAAAGUUGAUAUCUUUAAGGCUGAUAAAAUUGUUGAUACUACAGGUGCUGGUGAUUCAUAUGCUGGUACAUUCCUUGCAGGUUGGUUAAGAGGAAUUCCAGAAGAUAAAUGUGCUAAAGCAGCAUCAUUUAUUUCAUCUAAAGUUAUUCAAAAGAUGGGUGCAAAAUUAACAGAAGAACAAUGGGCUGAAUAUAAAGUUGAAGUUGAAAAGAUUUUUGCAUAA